AUGGCCUCAAUACCAAGAAGAUACCGGUCGUCCACUUCGGCCUCGAACCCACCGCAAACCAAGUCCUUCGAAAUCUUAAAGGGCUUGCUUGAAGCUCUCAGUAUCGAUACGACCCUUCACCAGCAAGAUGGCUUCCCUCAAACGCCGCCAUUGUUGCGAAAACUCCGACAUAUUAUACAGCACAUAUCUGCGACACGAUCGCCCGUCCAUCAAGAUGACUUUCGACAUGCUGACGGCUUCGAAACAAUACUUAAUCUUCUCCGAGCCUUCUCAGGCUAUUACGAUCCCGAUAAAAGAAGCGAUGCCGACAUGCUUUCCCUGUUUAAGUUGCUAGGAGACUGUCUGAACCUCUUUUCGGUUGCCCUACGUGGGCAUGCAGGAAACCGACGCUAUUUCCAAUAUAAAGUUGAGGGAGGCGGAUGGGAGGCCCUGGAACAAGUCAUCGCAAGUAUAGGAUUGGGCGGUGCUGAGCCUGAUGCCUGGAUAAGUUGCCAUGUAUUCGGCAAACUGCUCGCUUUCUCCUUGGACGAUGAGGCACUCGAUCUCCUUUGUCAAUCCAUCGGACAAUCUCUACGACCCGACGACGAGAACUCCCCUAAAGAAGAUGAAAGCGACAGCGCCGAAGAGCAAUGGGAUUUGGUAUUGGCCAAGUCUGCAGAAAAUAUUACGCCCGGCGUACGAGAAGUCGUCAAUGCCAAGACUAUAAUACGGCACCCAGAAAUUUUGAGAGCCGUCGUCAGUUUCUGGACGGCUAUUCCUCGAAUGAAAGAUGGCCUCGCGAACCCAGCUUCUUUACUUGUUCUAGAGACAAUUUACUGCGCUAUCUCAGUCUCUAUAUAUAACCGGGCUGCUGUCCAUUCGACUGGCGCCCUGUCGCAGUUCCUCCGAGUUGCUUUCAAUGCCAAUUCAGCUCUUAGCCCACCUGAGCGGGAGAAGGUAUUGGCCAUCUGCAAGAUACUCAUGUACUUGGGCGUGAACGAACCGGCCGACACACAAUUCUUACUAUCAACACCCGGCUCUGAGGCGUCUGAAUUUUGCUUACAGAUGACAAACAAACAUACAGGUCCUCCUUUCUUCCAAUUCGACCUGUCUCUACACGGCCACUCAUCGCUCGAGUUGUCCAGUCUUGGCCGAUCGUUUCCGCCGCAGUCUAGUGCAGGUUACACAUUUACAGCAUGGAUUCGAGUAGACAGCUUCGACCCUACUGCACAUACAACGAUAUUUGGCGUCUUUGACUCCACGCAGUCAUGUUUUGUGCUCAUGUACCUCGAGAGAGAUACCCACAACUUUAUCCUUCAAACAUCUGUUACUUCCAAUAAGCCUAGCGUGCGCUUCAAGUCUGUUUCGUUCAAGGAGAAGAAGUGGUAUCACAUCGCCAUUGUGCAUCGCCGACCAAAGACGAUGGUCACGAGCAAGGCGUCAUUGUAUGUCGAUGGUGAAUUUUCAGAGCAAAUACGCUGCAAUUAUCCUCAUCUGCCGCCCUUGGCUACUGGUGCUCAUGACAGUUUUGCCUCGUUCAACUCUAAUCAGAACAAGACCAACCCAGUGCAGGCUUUCGUCGGUACACCGAAGGAUCUUUCUAACCAAAUAGGAUCUGGCCUCGUCUUCUCGCGAUGGUCGCUUGCUUCUGCACAUUUGUUCGAGGAUGCUUUGAGCGAUGACUACCUCGCGGUCCAUUACGGCUUGGGACCGCGAUACCAGGGCAACUUCCAGGACAGCCUGGGUGGCUUCCAGACUUAUGAGGCAUCUGCUACUCUGGGCCUCCGUAACGAGAUUGCACAUCCUGGAAAGGGCGAGACUUCGGACAUCAUCAGAGCUGUCCGUGAGAAAGCUGGUUCACUACUACCUGAAUCCAAAAUCUUGCUCAGCAUUCUUCCUUCGGCAACGUUCCCUGAAAAUGUGCAAUUCUACGACACGGGACUUUUGCGAUCGCUCCCGCGAAACUGUGCUCGCAAUCUUUUCAGGGCAUCCAACCAAGAGGGUGCACCUCUAGCUAUCAACUGUGCUGUUCCUAGUCUUCCAGACUCUCUGUUCCGCGUUCAGGGUCUUCUCUCAUUCCGCGGCGACCCUAUUGUCGCUGUGCCGUCGUAUUUGGACGAGAAUCUAUGGCGACUCGCCGGUUUCACACCACUGGCUUUGAAGCUCUUUGAGCGAGCGUCAUCAAUUGAAGAAACAGUACGAUCGGCGGAAAUGUUGUUCUACUGUAUUCGUCAGAGCUGGAGGAAUAGCGAGGCUAUAGAGAAGGACAAUGGAUACGGAAUCCUGGCUAUGCUUCUACGCGUGAAGCUAGGAUACGAUCGUGGUAGCAGCGACUCUACGGUCACUCGACUGCAAUUCUCAAACGACGAUCGCGACCGACUGGCCUUUCAACUACUCAGCUUGAUCCUUGGCUUUGUCGGAUACAAUCAUGUGGAGCCAAUGGAGUCGUUCAUCAUUAACCCCCUUGCCUACCGCAUUCUUCUUAUUGACCUGGACAUCUGGCGCAAGUCGGCACCUCGAAUUCAAGAGUUAUACUACAAACAAUUUGUGACAUUCGCAGUCAAGAGCAAGUACCAUGAGUUCAACAGCAGGAGGCUAAUCAGGAUGAGAAUCGUCAAGAGGCUGCUAGAUGCCAUGAAAGGAGAGGUCGUUUCGGAAGACACAAUAUCGCAUUUCAUGGGCGCCUUUGAGAUUCUUGUCACAUCCAACUUUAGUCAAGAGGUCAUGCGAUCAUUGUCGCUUUUCAUCACAUACGCCUUCCACUCUCAGCCUUUGCCUAUCAAUAGAAGCCCACGAGCUCUCUCAAUCAAUUCGAGAACCGGGAUUCCACUUCCACGACGGAGGGGAACGCCAACCGAUCCAACUGCAGCUGGGAUUGCUUCUGGUCUGAAAUUCCUGACCAAGAAGCAGCUUGGCGUCAAGGUUCUCAGCAUGUACUCACGAAUACUUUGCGAGAAGGGCAACACUAGCCAUAUCAAAAAGUUUGCCAGAACGGUGACAAACAAGUGGCUCCUGUACCUGUUGGCUGAAGAUGAUCCGGAGGUCGUUGUUCACGGCUGCAAGAUCCUGGCACGACUUCUUGUUACUCAUGGCUCCAAUUACACAUCGAAAUUCGCUGGAAAGUCGGGAGGUUUCGUGAUCAUGUCCAACAGACUAAAGCGAUUCUGGGAUAUGCCAACUCUAUGGCCCAUCUGCUUCAGUAUUCUCUUUGGCUACGAUGUGGCCGAGAUCAAUUUUGACAGGAACUUUGACUUUUUCAACAUCCUAGAGACAUUCGGCAAGCGCAAGGUUGUGUAUCCCGAGUCGUUGUCUGUCAUUACGGCGAUGUUGCAGCAUGGACUGAAAGAUGUAAUGAGACACCAGGAUGAUCCAGAUUCACCGGCAACGUAUGUUGACCCGUCUUCACAUACUCUAAAGAAGCAUGCAUCCGCCAAAGAGCUCCGCCCUGAAAUGCGACCGCGAGCAAGCUCCAUGAACUUGACCACUGCCCUUGCGACACGUUCAAACUUCUCUCGUGACAGCGAAAGAGUUGCAAGCUAUGCAGGUGUUCUGCACACUGUGAUCCGUUUCCUCCUUGAUCUCCACGAGCGCUCGACAGAAUUUAGGGACUUUGCUUUAACUUCAGAAUGGGUGAGAUUGCUACUGUCGGCGCUUUAUCCAGUCAUUGUUAGCGCCGAUGCGGUGACGCCUGAAACCGAGUUGAACUCUGGAGAUACGGCCUUGACAUUCGAAGGGACAGAUGUUAUUAUCCGGCCUAUUGGUGGUAGUGGUUCUCAUGCGACACCAAUCGUGCGAACAACAAGCGUUGAUCCAGUCCCGUCGCCUCAGUCGACACCACCCAAGGGCACGCCGCUAAGAAGAGCCUCAUCAUUUGUUCUUCUCACCCAGCAGAAAUCGCCCGUUGGUCCCAGUCCGGCUCGUUUGAGUCCUGCUUUGCCAUCGCCUAGGUCGACGCCUAGUAAGAGACCAAGCAGCGACAUCUUGGACGGACUCAUGGAGCUGGUAGUGAGUGUCUUUAUGGAUCAGCUUCUUUCGCGAAAAGACUUUGCCGGAUUUGGCUUGUUCACCAAGGUCCCUCCUGGCUUCCGUGAACACCAAGCUUACUUUGAGAGUUAUAUCCUGAAGCAUGUGGUUGGCCAACUGGAGAAGAACAUCCAAGUCAAUCAGAAAGCAAUCUGCGAACCUCGUGUGCUGACCAACCUCUCAAGGCUUUGUCAACAUAUGUCGGAAGCUAUCUUUGAAGGAUGGUUCCUGAAUGGGGCCGAGGUCAUGAUUGACUUUAUCGGGAUGCUUCUCGAAUUUUUGCAACGUCCCGAUAUCGCUACACUGAAGAGCGUCCGACUCUGCAGUCAGGCUGUCAACAGCAUUCGAUUCUGUCUUUUGAGAAUAAUUCUUUUGCGGUUGUCUGACCUUGAUAGUCCAGAUACCACACUGGUAGAGGCUAAGCAGUUCAUGGGCAAGAUGGCGUACUGGCAAAUGUCAAUUCUUGGCUCUUUCGUGAGCGAGGACCACCAGUUCCUGAAGCUGUUCUGGUACCAGCUCUACACUAAACUCAUCAGCGACAAGAUGCCUCUUCGAACUGCAGCGGCCACUUUUUUACGCAUCAUUUUGGUGCAGAAACCGGAAGAGUCUAUUGAGCUGAUUCAUUCAUGCAUGUCGCCGGAUCAGAAGCAGCUUUCCAAGGACUUUCAGCAAUUAACAGGCGUGGAUGACGAAAGUUUUGUGGAGUGGGUUGACAAACAUCGCCCGUCCCUGGAUGUACUGUUUUUCGGCGGCAUGUCAAAGACGUGGGAAGACUUUGUCAGCUCCGAAAAUGCACGCACUGCAGAGACAGCCAAGGUCCGGUUGGCUAAACGCAAAGACAAACUUAGAGUGUGGCAUGCAGAGAACAUCAACACGGAGAAAACUUUGCUCAGUCAUGACAUCGGUAACAGCGCCUGGAUGAAGAGCAUCUACAACUCUGAGUAUUUCAAGUACCAGCGGAUCAUGCAAGACCAACAGGAUGAUCUUGUGUUUCUUAGCGACGCUUACAAGAAGAUGGAAAGAGACCUUAUGCGACCCGGCGCGGUGUUUAGCGAAGCCGCGCCUCCUAAAUGGAAGCUCGACCGAACAGAAGGACGAAACCGAAUGAGGCUCAGGGUUCUACCUGACUUUACGAUAAGUAAGGAUGAAUAUCAGCCAAAGAGAAAGGCGAGCGAGGUUUUGCAGACUCUUCGUGUCAACACAUCGGCCAGCCCAGCACCCUCGAUCGUUACGUCUGCCGUAUCGCCAAUAAAGUCAACCACCCCCGCACCUUUAGAGAGCAACAACGAACCUCCUCGGUUCACCGAAGAGCCCGAGAACACCGAGCCAGCAGAGCAGCCGUCCUCUGGUGUCGCGCCCGAAGACGACUUUGAGCUUGUUGACGAUCCCAACGAUCCCAAUGAAGGAGACGAGGGCUUUGAGGACAAGAACCGCAAGGUAAUGCGACGGCUGGAGCGUGGAGAUCAAGUUCAGUCUGCAUACAAUGUCUCGCGUAUUAUCGGACUGGAAGCCUGUGAGGGUAUUCUCAUCAUCGGAAAGGAUGCGCUUUACAUCAUGGACAACGUGUUUCAAUGUGCUAACGGAGACAUUGUCAACGUCUGGCAAGCUCCGCCCGAAGAGCGUGACCCUUUCUCCCAGAUUGUCACUGAUGCCAAGACGUCAGAAAAGCGACAGAACAAUAAGGAACAAGAGUCGAGGCAUUGGCGAUGGCACGAUGUUAUCAGCAUCUCAAAACGCCGGUUCCUUUUCCGAGAUGUCGCGAUUGAGGUGUUCUUUACCGAUGGUCGAAGUUAUCUCUUGACUACAAUCAACCCAGUAGUCCGGGAUAACUUGUUCAUCAAGAUGCUCAGCAAGGCACCUCACACCAGUGGUGCCAACACUCUCCCGAACCCCGAAGACGCCUGGCGCUUGGAGUCUCUCAAGGUCUUUGAUGAAUCGCCCCAAGGAUUUGGGUCCAAGUUUGGCACCUUUUUCAACUCAUCGCCUUGGAACCCAAUCCUCAAGAAAUGGCAAAAGGGCGAAAUCUCCAACUUUCACUAUCUCAUGAUGGUAAAUACCAUGGCUGGUAGGACCUUUAACGAUUUGACACAGUACCCAGUGUUCCCAUGGGUCUUGGCAGAUUACACCAGCGAGGAUCUGGAUCUUGACGACCCUAAUACAUUCCGAGAUCUGUCCAAACCGAUGGGCGCGCAGACGCCACACAGAGUUGGGGGCUUUGUCGAGAGCUACAACGCGUUGGAAGAGAUAGGAGAGGUCCCUUUUCACUACGGCACACACUACUCUUCUGCCAUGAUUGUGUCAUCCUACCUGAUCCGUCUGCCACCUUUUGUGCAGUCUUAUAUCCUUCUCCAGGGCGGAAGUUUUGAUCACGCAGAUCGUCUCUUCCAAUCCAUCCCAGAAGCAUGGCAAUCUGCCUCGUGCAGGAACAAAACAGACGUGAGGGAGCUCAUCCCCGAAUUUUACUGUCUCCCCGAAUUCUUGACCAACAUUAAUGGCUACAACUUUGGCAAUCGCGAAAGCAACGGCGUUAAGGUCGACCAUGUCGAGCUUCCCCCAUGGGCCAAGGGUGAUCCAAGAAUAUUUAUCGCCAAGCACAGAGAGGCACUGGAGAGUCCCUACGUGAGUGAGAAUCUACACCAGUGGAUUGAUCUCAUCUUUGGAUUCAAGCAACGAGGCGAGGCGGCAGUGGAGAACGUUAAUGUGUUCCAUCAUCUUUCGUACCGUGGUGCGACAGACUUGGAUAGCAUCACCGAUGCAAAGGAGAGAGCCAUCUUGGCCGGAGUCAUUCAUAACUUUGGACAGACGCCGCAUCAAGUGUUUAUGAAGUCGCAUCCUGCUAGAGAGCAUGUCCGAUCUCCCGUUCGACGAUUGGAUACGAACGUGUUUUCUCUAAGCUGUUUGCCGCACCCUCUUCUCGGUAUGGACUCUGCUUCUCGAUCUGUAAACAUGACUGACAACCCCCCAACAGAAAGCCACGAGCGUGUAGCUUCACUGCUCUACGCAUCCAAGCUGGACCGCUUACUGUGUGCUUCUCCAUUCAGGCUUAACUUCCCGCCAUACGACAAGUUCCUCGAAUGGGGCUAUGCUGACAACAGUAUUCGCUUCUUCUUCAGCGACAAUCGAAAGGUAACACGAAACCAUAUUCUCAUUCACGGCCACAUCGCUAACUCGACAAAGCCGGCUGGCCUCUUUGAGAAUCUCCACAUUGGACAAAUCUCUUGCGCCUGCUUUGCUGAUUCCAAGACGUUGAUCACCGCUGGUGAGGACUGUGUCGUCUCGGUGUACGCAGUUCAGACUGGCCAUGGCAAACCAGUCGAGCUGCUCCCAAGGUCUAGUCUGUUUGGACACAAAUUCCCAGUGACGACAAUUGCAGUCAGCAAGGCUUUCAGCACUCUCUUGACUGUGUCUGCGGACGGGCAGGCGUUCCUGUGGGACCUUAACCGACUAUCAUUUAUUCGCAAGCUGCCUUUGGUGCGCCCUGUCGAAUCUGCUCGCAUCAACGACAUCUCGGGCGAGAUUCUCCUCUGCUCGGGACCGAACGUGAUACUCUACACUCUCAACGGCACAUUGCUUCUGGAACAAAAUGUCUGCUUCGACCAAGAUGACUACAUCCACUCGUGCGCCUUUUACGAGGGCGCUGGAAACGAGUGGCUUGACAAUUACUUGAUCUUUACAGGCCACAAGCGCGGCAUAGUCAAUGUCUGGCGACGCAGCAUCGUCGGCAGCCGGUGGACUUUGGAGCUGCUGAGAAAGCUUGAUCAUGUGGAUUACAAGCACGAAAAGGGCGCGAAUACAGAGGCGGGCAUGACGUGCAUCAGCCCAAUGCCAACAUGCGUCUACACAGGUGAUGAUGACGGUAGAGUCUACGAAUGGAAUCUACUGAGCAGGGAUAGAUAG